ACCGGCCUGCCUCGGCUCCACAAGGGGAGGGAUGCGCGGCAGUUGCGAGAAGCUCUACCUCUCGCUGAUUUUUUUCCCCCUGCGUCGCAGUGAAAUAACAUUUUACUUGGCAGCUUUUCUCGGAUGCUGCCACGACACAAAAAAUCGGAAGAAGGUUUUUUCGUGUGUUUCGUUGACGCCGGUGUUUCGUUAACGUCCGCUCCGCACAAAGGCGCCCAGUGAGCGACGAGCCGAUGGGAGCUAACGGCUACUAGCGUGCUAACAACACAGCCGGUGAGGAGGACGAGCACAUCCUCGUACACAGCCAUACCCGGUGGUGGUGGUGGGGGGGGUUAAUCUCUGCUGACUUCGUGGGUAAUGUUAGCUGUUGUGUCGUAGUAUUUUUAUCCCACACCUAUGUCAGGCGUCACUCAUGACUAAGACAGUUAAAUCAACAUCUCCGCAUAGCUGGGUCGCUGGCUGCAUUUUUGUUGUUGUUGUUUGUUAAGCUAGCCAUGACAGAGCUUUCGGUCUCAUGUAAGGGAGGAUGUCGGCGGUAGCAAAAACAAGCUAACUUUUACUCUGUGAAGAAGUGAGUGCAGGAGUUCAGGAUACUCUUCAUAUCUCUCUCUCUCUCCCCACCACCACCAUUCGGGUUCAUGUUAUUUUUGUAAUUCCGGGUUUUGGAUGACGCGAGUUGACGAUCCUGCAGCAACACCUGAACUGAAACUGGAAAUAUCGGGGAACACACAUCGAGGGGAUUAUUUUUGUGUCUCUUAAGUGGAUUUUCGGCCUCAUGUCCAGGAUCGCAGUUGGGACACAGUAGAUAAUUUGACACUGGGUGAAGCCCCUCUCUCUCACCCACCGACCUCUCUCUCCCCCCCCCACCACCACCACCACCACCACCUCUCCCGCUGCUUCAAGCCUCCGAUGCGGAGAUUUCAGUAGCACCGGCAACCCAGUUCCCCUCCGGCGGCCGGACAUGCUGAAGUGUAUCCCCCUUUGGCGCUGCAACCGCCACGUCGAGUCGGUGGACAAGCGGCAUUGCAGCUUGCAGACAGUCCCCGACGAAGUGUUCCGCUACACCCGCAGCCUGGAAGAGCUUCUCCUCGAUGCCAACCAACUCAAAGAGCUACCAAAGCCUUUCUUCAGACUACUGAACCUCCGGAAGCUCGGCCUGAGUGACAAUGAGAUCCAGAGACUCCCUCCUGAGGUGGCCAACUUCAUGCAGCUGGUGGAACUGGACAUCUCCAGAAAUGACAUUCCUGAAAUCCCAGAGAGCAUUAAGUUCUGCAGGGCAUUGGAGAUCGCAGACUUCAGUGGAAACCCUCUGUCCAGAUUGCCGGAUGGUUUCACUCAGCUCAGAGCGCUGGCUCACUUGGCACUCAACAACGUGUCCUUGCAGACGUUGCCCAACGACAUAGGAAAUUUGGGCAACCUGGUGACGUUGGAGCUCAGGGAGAACUUGCUGAAGUCUCUACCAGCGUCGCUCUCUUUCCUGGUGAAACUGGAACAGCUGGACCUUGGCAGUAAUGAACUGGAACUUUUGCCGGACACUCUGGGUGCUCUCCCUAACCUGAGGGAACUGUGGCUGGACCGCAACCAGCUGUCGUCAUUACCACCAGAGCUGGGAAACCUCCGGAGACUGGUGUGUCUGGAUGUGUCCGAGAAUCAUCUAGAGGAGCUUCCCUCGGAGCUCAACGGCCUCCUGGCUCUCACUGACCUGCUGCUCACACAGAAUCAGUUGGAUAUCGUCCCAGACAGCAUAGGCUCCCUGAAACAGCUGUCAAUCUUAAAGGUGGACCAGAACAGACUGACCCAGCUCACUGAUUCAAUCGGAGAGUGUGAAAACCUCACAGAGCUCGUCUUGACAGAGAACCUUUUACAGUCACUUCCUCGCUCGCUGGGCAAGCUGAAGAAGCUGACCAAUCUGAAUGUAGACCGCAACCGUUUGGGUAGCGUGCCCAAAGAGCUGGGCGGCUGUGCCAGCCUCAAUGUUCUCUCACUGAGAGACAACCGCCUGGGCAAACUGCCUUCUGAGCUCGCAGACGCCACCGAUCUGCAUGUGCUGGACGUGGCUGGAAACAGAUUGCAAAACCUGCCUUUUGCCCUGACAAACCUCAAUCUGAAGGCCAUGUGGCUCGCAGAGAACCAAUCACAGCCGAUGCUGAAGUUCCAGACGGAGGAUGACGAGUGCACAGGAGAGAAGGUGCUGACCUGCUAUCUACUGCCUCAGCAGCCUUCUCCGAGCCUAGAGAACUUGCUGCAGAACAGCGUGGAUGACAGCUGGACGGACAGCAACCUGAACCGAGUGUCAGUCAUUCAGUUCCAGGAGGAGACCAAGGCUGAGGACGACGACGACGAGGCUGCUGCAGAGCGCAGAGGCCUGCAGCGCAGAGCCACGCCUCAUCCUAGUGAGCUGAAGGUGAUGAAGAAGGUGAUAGAGGAGAGGAGGAACGAGGCUUACACAUCAAGACCUGAUGGAGAAGAUUUCCAUGAUCAACAUGAGAAGAGGCUCAGCGAUCUGUCCAAUCAGAGCCAUGACUCCCAGGUGUCAAACAGCACACUGUCUGCCACCUCCCAUGAGGAAAGACAAAAUGUGGCCUCGCAGAGGGAGGACCUUGUGGACGGCCACUCCCCUCAGGAAGAGGAAGAGCUCGACGAGAUGGAGGUGGAGUACAUUGAGCCCACUGUGCACUUUGCAGAGGAGCCCAUCAUCAGAGGAGGGGAUGAGGACGACGAGGAGGACGGGGAAGAUGGUGGGAGGAGCGACGAAGAGGACGAGAGGCCGGCUAUUCCCGCAGAGAAGCAGCGUCUGAUCAGAAAGGACACGCCACACUACAAGAAGCACUUCAAAAUCACCAAGCUGCCCAAGCCUGAGGCUGUGGCUGCGCUGCUACAGGGCUUCAGCCCCGAUGGCAUGAAUUCCCAGACGCAGGUUGCCGAGGACGAGCAGGACGAGGAGGAUGAGGAGGACGAGCAGAGCUUGUGCACACCUCUACAGCAUCGCAGAUUGGAGGAGCUUGAGGAGAGCCGGAACUCGGGCAACUCUAGUCAAGUAAAGGGGGUGUCAUUUGAUCAAGUCAAUAAUCUGCUCAUUGAACCUGCUCGAAUUGAGGAGGAAGAGCACAACUUGACUAUCCAGAGACAAACAGGCGGCCUGGGUAUCAGCAUUGCUGGAGGGAAAGGGUCGACACCGUAUAAGGGAGAUGACGAGGGAAUCUUCAUCUCCAGAGUAUCUGAGGAGGGUCCUGCAGCCAGGGCUGGGGUGAAAGUCGGAGACAAACUGUUAGAGGUGAAUGGAGUGGACCUCCAUGGGGCAGAACAUCACACCGCAGUGGAAGCUCUUCGUAGCUCGGGUUCUACGGUUUCCAUGUCGGUGCUGCGCGAGCGCAUGGUGGAGCCAGAGAACGCCAUCACCACCACACCGCUGAGGCCAGAGGACGACUACUUCCCUCGGGAGAGGCGGAGCAGUGGGCUCGCUUUCAACCUGGAGACGACCCCAAGCGGGCCUCAGCAGCGGCUCUCUACCUGCCUGAUCCGAAACGACAAAGGGCUGGGGUUCAGCAUCGCCGGGGGAAAAGGCUCCACGGUUUACCGCACAGGAGACACGGGAAUCUACAUCUCUCGCAUUGCCGAAGGUGGAGCAGCACACAGAGACAGCACACUGCGUGUAGGCGACAGAGUCAUCUCUAUCAAUGGUGUAGACAUGACAGAGGCCAGACAUGACCAGGCAGUAGCGCUCCUUACUGGCACUUCCCCCACCAUCGCCCUCUUGGUGGAGCGAGACCCGAAAGCACCAGGGGGCUCUCCAGGUCAGUCCCGGGCACGAGCCCACUCCCCUCCACCCCCAGAGCCCUCGGAUUCCCCCGACCAGGAAGAGGAGGGCCUCUCGAUUCACGGGAACCACCUGAGCCAAAUGGAGGACGAGUAUCCCAUCGAGGAGGUGAUCCUGAUGAAGUCAGGUGGUCCUCUGGGUCUGAGUAUUGUGGGUGGCAGCGAUCAUGCCAGCCACCCGUUUGGCGUCAAUGAACCCGGGGUGUUCAUAUCGAAGGUGAUCCCUCAUGGCCUGGCAUGUCAAAGUGGACUGCGAGUUGGGGACCGGAUACUAGAAGUGAACGCCAUCGACCUGCGUCACGCCACACACCAGGAAGCUGUGCGAGCGCUGCUGGCCAACAAGCAAGAGAUCCGGAUGUUAGUACGGAGGGACCCCUCACCACCUGGGAUGCAGGAAAUUGUGAUCCAGAAGCAGCCAGGGGAGAAGCUCGGCAUCAGUAUACGUGGAGGGGCAAAGGGUCAUGCGGGAAACCCCUUUGAUCAAACAGAUGAAGGCAUCUUUAUCUCAAAGGUGAGUUCGACCGGGGCGGCGGCGAGAGACAGCAGACUGCAGGUUGGCAUGCGUAUCCUGGAGGUGAACAACCACAGCCUGCUGGGGAUGACGCACACGGAGGCGGUGCGAGUGCUCAGAGCUGUAGGAGACUCUCUGUGCAUGCUGGUGUGUGACGGCUUCGACCCUCGAAAAGUGGCUGCUGUAGAGGCGUCUCCUGGCAUCAUUGCGAACCCGUUUGCGUCAGGCAUCGUCCGUAAGAACAGCAUGGAGAGCAUCUCUUCUAUAGACCGAGACCUGAGCCCAGAGGAGAUAGACAUCAUGCAGAAGGAGUCUGAGAUGGUGAGAGAAACGUCGCAGUGGGAGCGAGAAGAGAUGGAGAAAGUGGAGCGUAUGCGUAUGGAGCGUGAGGAGGCAACUCGCCUGCUAGAAGAGGAGACAGAGAACAUCGGCACUGGACCUCUAAAACUUGACUACAAAACCCUGGCUGCACUGCCCACCACCAGUCUGCAGAAGGUUAACAGGGGUUCCUCCUCCGACUUCACUCGGACGGACAGCCCAAUCAGGGAAGCGCCAUACUCGCCCACAAUUCAACCGGCAAGCAUUCAUUACACCUCCACUCCUAAUGCCAGGGAUGAAACUUCAUCAUCAACGCGGCCGGGUGCCAUCCAACCUGUCGGGCGUGUUCGUCAAAGUACCUCCCCCGCCACUCCGGAAGGCCACAGUCCAAACCCCUUCCAGCAUGGCCCCUCCCCCUUCAACUCCCAGACCUCUGAACUGUACGGUGUGAGGAACAAUUUCCAGCAGCCUUCUCCAGAGCCUGAGUUGAUCAACGAGGUGUUUGAUGACAUAGAUGGUCAGGAUGGUAAAAGUCCGUCCGACAGGCCCUCCCCCCGCAGGGAGUAUAUGAGCCUGGCAGCAGUGCCUCGCUUCUCCAGGCCGAGCAUGGAACUGCAGAGUCCUUCUCCUGGCGGUAAGAGCAGCCCGGAGCAGCGUUCUUUCAGGGACAGACAGAAGUAUUUUGAGAUUGACGUGAAACAGCAGACACCAGAAAAACCUAAACCUCGAGUGUCUCUUGUUGGAGAAGAUGACCUCAAGAAAAUGAGGGAGGAAGAAGAGAGGAAGUUUGAGCAGCGGGCGAGGGAGUACCUGAUGGAUGAAGAUGAGGAGGAUGAGGAGGAGGACCUGGCUAAGCAGAUGGCGCAGAUGAAGGCCUCUGGCAAAGUGCUGCUGGAUGGAGUGGAGUACAAGGUGGAGCCAGCUUCUACCCCAUCGCAGCACUGCUCCACACCACCCAUCUACAACGUCACACCGCCCAGCUACUGCGGCAGCUCAGGGCCUUCAUCUGUGGAUGGAAAGGGAGACUCUCAGAGGAAUUCAUUGGAGGACAGCUUCAGGCUGGAGCAGAGGCCCAACUCCAUGGCAGGUCUGAUCCCGGUGUACCCUGGGGAGUCAGCUGCUCCCAUCCGCACAGCCAAAGCCGAGCGCAGACAUCAAGAGAGGCUCCGGAUGCAGAGCCCAGAGCUGGCCGUGGCCCUGGACAAGGAUCUGUCCCCUGCUGAGAAACGAGCUCUGGAGGCCGAGAAGAGAGCCAUGUGGAGGGCCGCGCGAAUGAAGUCCCUGGAGCAGGACGCACUAAAAGCCCAGAUGGUCAUCGCCAAGUCUCGGGACGGGAAGAAACGCGGCACACUAGACCAGCUGACGGAGUCACCCUCGCCCGCCCCCACGCCCUCACCCACACCUAUGGAUGAGCUCAGUCCUCGGGGACUUACCUCUCCAGGCAGACUGUCCCUGUCGUCAAAGAAGUUUGACUACCGACAGUUUGCCGCCAUUCCUUCUUCCAAACCCGUAUACGACAUCCAGUCCCCUGACACAGUCGAUGACAUGCAGUUCAUUGAUGACGGAUCCAGCAACCCAGGGCCAGCUGCCAGCCCUGAGUCCGAGGUUCCCGCCCCGCUGCCUGCCACCUCAGCCCUGGAGGAGAUGGCUCUGUACAGCAACAAGCGCAAACUGAGGCAGGGUCGCCGCAGCCUGGAAACCGCCGUGCCCACGUAACACCUCACACUGAGAGAAAACUCUGGAGACAUGAUCCAAACACACACACUUGUACACACACUGUGGACACUAGUAAAGCAUUGGAGCAUCCCCAGGAGGUGCAGAGUCACAAAACACUACACAGUGUCAGUAGAAGAGAUGUACUCUCCUAUAUAACCACUGCAGAGACAACGAAGAUCAUAGUCACAUACACACUCACUUAUAUCCUGCGUGCCAGUCUUGCCUAUACAGUCUGUGGAUGAGCUGGCAAUUUGCUCAACAGUCCGUCAAAGGGCAAAAAAAAAAAAAAAAAAAAAAAAAGCUAGUGUGGUUAGCUAGGAUUGCUACUUACAGACCAUUCUUCUUUUUGUUCUGCACUCAAACGUUUUCCAUGUAGACGCUGAUGUAUUUUUAAAAAAAAAAGGAGGUGACAGAAGAGUUUAGUUUUUAGUUUUCACACCUCGAAUGAUUUUACUGUUUUUAAAAAAAGAAAAAAAAAGACAAAGAAAUACUGGAAGAGAAAAGAAAUGGGUCAUAGCUAUAUUAACCCCUUGAAUGAUAUUUUUAGAAUUUCCGUGAAUAGAUUGUAAAGUGUCAGGGCUCUCUUUAGGACUUGGGCAGACGUGAGUGUAAAUAUUAAUUUAGGAGGGAACAUCCUGCUACCUUCAUGGUCACACAAAACAUAUCUUUUAUUUUGCACUGCCACUUGUCAGCUUUUUAAACAAUGUGUAUCUUAAGUAAUUUAUUGUUUUGAUCAUUUCACUCCAAUUGAAGGCCUUCUAUUUGACACUAUUUUAGCCCCCCAGAGGCGUGUUGUAUGUUAUCGUUUUAACCUUCUCAAUUGAAGUUAUGAACCAGUAAGUUAAACCUUACAAGUCAUGAAUUGCAUAUCAAUUGACAUAUAUAUUUCUUCAAUCAGUAUACAUUCAUUUUGAUACGUUUAUCUACUCAUUAGAUUGCUUGGGGCAAAGUUUCCCCUUUGUAGAGAGACUACAUAUCACAUCAAAUAUUCAAGCAUCAUUUUAGAACCAAAUGGUACUACCGUGUCCUUUUUUUCACCUCAUCAAUGUCAAAAGUUUUUAUUUCUAUCCUGAAAUAUCCGGAGGUUUUUCCGGAGUGACGUGAAGGUAGCAGGUGUUUGAUUUUCUGUCUGGUUAAUUUAAAUCUGAUGCCACUGAAAAAUCAUUUAUUAUUGUGUGAAUAAUGUACAAAUGCUGAAAGGAAAACUAACUUUGGGUUUGAAAUCUGAGCCAGUCUUGACCUAAACCAAGCACGUGUCCGAGCUGCUGACGCAUCUGGGUUUGGACGGGCUUGGUAUCCGACGCUCUCUGCGUGUAUAUUGGUUUGUUAAUGGGAGAGCGGAGAGAGGCGGAGCUGAUCAUGAAUCUCUCACAUUGAUCUCGUUCAUACAUUCAGCUCACUGCUUUACAGACCGUCAGUUUAUGUAUGUGAUGGGUAUUUUUGCAGAAUCACGGCUUAGAAGCGUUUCUUUUAAUUUAAUGUAGGGUCUUCUAAUUAUAGCUUUCUAUGUUGCUCUCACUGACUGAAAUUCAGUUUGUUUGAUAACCUUUGCAAUGGCUGAUAUCUUCUUCUUUUUUUAACUUACUGUAGGUAAUCUUUUUUCAGAUGGGUUUCACUACAUUAUUAAUGAAGUGUUUCAAGUUUUUGUGUUUAUUCUUUUGUCUUGAGUUCUCUUCGGGGGCUUUUCUUGCAAACAGGUCGGAGGGAAAGGGUCAGAGGUCCCGGGGUCAAGGGUUAGAGCUCACACAAGACUGUAACUAGUGAAUUUGUACAACCAAAGAAGUAUAUUUUGUGGUUCAGGAAUAAUAAAUUUUACUUUUCAUUUAAGAAGCUGA